AUGCAUAUCUGUCUCUUACCCCCAGAAAUUUUACUUCACAUUUUCGCUAUCUAUCAGGAAGACUAUGGACCACUGAGCUCUCGCGCUACACUUGCAUCCCUGGCAAGGACCUGCAAGAUCUUCAAGGAGCCUGCGCUCGACAUUCUUUGGAAAGACAUAGAUGGAUUGGAGCCACUCAUUUCAUGCCUCGUUGCAUGCCUCCCCAAAGGGAUCAGUGACAAAAAUACGCGAGGGACGUUGACGAUCAAAAGACCUCUCUUAAAUAGAGAGUGGAGCCUCAUCAAUCGAUACACACAACGUAUCCACUCCUUGAGGGUCUUUGCCACUCAGCUAGACACCAUAGACAAUCGGGUCGUGCAAGCGCUAAUUUCUGCGCCAUCGCCGCUGUUGCCGAACCUUCAUGAUUUGUCUUGGCGUGAUGACCGAGAAUGCUUCAUUCCAUUGUUGCGCACACUCCUCAGUCCAACUAUUACGUUGUUGAAACUGGAUAGUAGUUUUUCAAGCUUACCCUCUUUUGCUAAGGCUGCCUUGUUAGCCUCCCUCGGAGCUCGAUGUCCAUGCAUCCGGGAACUCGAGUGCUUUUAUGACGGUGUAGAUUCUGAAGAAAUUACAGAUGCAAUAUGUGAAGCCUUAUGUGGCUUGAAGGAGCUUCUCCGUCUUGAAACAGAUGUUUUUAACACACGGAUACUUCCUCACUUGGCUUUUCUACCGUCAUUGGAGUAUCUGCAUUUCGUCCUGUCAGUAUACGACGCCGACGAGCCGCAACCUAAUUGCGUCUCGACAUUUUCCUCUCAUUUCGACCAAGUGCGCUUCACUAUACCCACACCUUUCGUUCUCAGUCAAUGUCUCAACAACGUCCAUUUUCUCUCCUGUCGAUCGGUGACGGUGGGCGUGGAUUACGAUGAUACUCCGUACAAUCCACUGGAUGCUACAGACCUCAUAAGCUCUUUCUCGAAGUGCUUCUCUCCUGCUCUUGAGAAGAUCCAUUUCGAAUUCGAAUUCCCUUUCAGCAGCAUUGUCGAAGAAGACAUACUUGCUGACCCCAUCUUUGCACUUCACUUUGAUGCGAUCGCUCCAUUGCUGUCAUUUAGUCAUUUAACAGACUUAGACCUCGAUUGGAUUUGCGCUUCGGCCGUUGAUGAUGCUUCACUCAAGACAAUGGCCCAAUCAUGGCCACACCUCGAGAAUUUCUCGUUUGGAAGUUCGGCUCGUUGGCUCGUUCCGCCAUCUCUCACCUUUGUGGGAUUCGUCCACCUCAUACACCAUUGCCGGCACUUGCAUAGCAUUGCAUUACCCUUUUGCGCAUGUCCGGUGGACGCCAACAGCGAGCCUUUUUCUGAAACCAUUCCCAAUGAGAAGAUCACGACACUUUUUGUGGGGGUUUCUCCAAUCGUCGAUCCCAUCUCCGUGGCCUGUCAACUGCAUACAUUGCUGCCCAAGUUGACCUCCGUGGAGUUCCUUGACUUUGAUGCUGAGUUCUUCGUGCCACCGCCGUUUGAACAUUUUGAGGGUGAAUGGAGGAGGGUGAAUGAUUUCCUCAAAGUGCUUUUUACAGUUGCAAAAAUGAAAAGGAACACCGGUCAAGCACCAUUAGCCCAUGUUGCAGACUUGACGGACCCUGGACACAAUGCGCAUUGA